CCGUGAAGGCAACGCCGCCGUGGCUCCCAUGCUCAUGCUAUCAACACAUUGCAUGCUUCUGACUGUUAGCGUGUAUAAAACAGGGGGAAGUCAACCCGACAGCAAGUUGUGACAUGGAUAAAAUAAAUGUUUAACUUGUUUUGUUUUGAUGUAGGUUACGUGUAAGGCUCUAAAAUGGUGAAAGAGCAAUUCAGAGAGACAGAUGUGGCCAAAAAAAUAAGCCACAUCUGCUUUGGGAUCAAGUCUGCUGAGCAGAUGCGGCAGCAGGCCCACAUCCAAGUCGUUAGUAAGAAUCUGUACAGCCAAGACACCAAACACACUCCACUGGCCCAUGGAGUGCUGGACCAUCGUAUGGGUACCAGUGAAAAAGACAGGCCAUGUUUGACGUGCGGCAAGAAUUUGGCAGAUUGUUUAGGACAUUAUGGGUACCUGGAUCUGGAGCUGCCAUGUUUUCAUGUCGGCUAUUUCAAAGCCACCAUUGGAAUCUUGCAGGCAAGUCUAUGCUCUCAUAUGAUUUGCAAGACAUGUUCAAGCAUAAUGAUGACCAAAGAGGAGAAACUGCAGUUCUUUGAUGUUUUGAAGCGCCCUAACUUGGCUUAUCUCCAGAAACGAGGCCUAAAGAAGAAGAUCUCUGAUAAAUGCCGCAAAAGGACGAUUUGUUUAAACUGCUCAGCUUUUAAUGGACCUGUGAAAAAAUGUGGCCUACUGAAAAUAAUUCAUGAGAAGUAUAAAACCACCAAGAAAGUGGUGGACCCUUUUGUGUCAGAUUUCCUGCAGUCCUUUGAUAUCGCCAUUGAACACAACAAACUCAUAGAGCCCCUGCUUUCCAGAGCACAGGAAAACUUGAACCCUCUAGUUGUCCUGAACCUGUUUAAAAGGAUUCCUGAGGAAGACAUUCCUUUGCUGCUGAUGAACCCAGAAGCUGGGAAGCCUGCAGACCUCAUCAUCACCCGUCUCCUCGUGCCUCCUCUCUGCAUCCGACCCUCUGUGGUCAGCGAUCUGAAGUCAGGCACCAAUGAGGAUGACCUCACAAUGAAGCUGACAGAGAUAAUCUUCCUUAAUGAUGUCAUUAAAAAGCAUCGCAUGACUGGGGCUAAAACCCAGAUGAUCAUGGAGGACUGGGACUUCCUCCAGCUGCAGUGUGCUCUUUACAUUAAUAGUGAACUUUCUGGCAUUCCCCUGAACAUGGCACCAAAAAAAUGGACCAGAGGCUUUGUCCAAAGACUCAAGGGAAAGCAAGGUCGAUUCAGAGGAAACCUCUCGGGGAAAAGAGUGGAUUUCUCUGGCAGAACUGUUAUUUCCCCUGACCCAAACCUGAGGAUAGAUGAGGUGGCUGUGCCUGUGCAUGUUGCCAAAAUCCUUACGUACCCAGAGAAGGUAAACAAAGCCAAUCUGGAGCUGAUGAGAAAACUGGUUCGCAAUGGCCCUGAUGUUCACCCUGGAGCCAAUUUCAUCCAGAGCCGUCACACUCAGAUGAAAAGAUUCUUGAAAUAUGGGAACCGUGAAAAGAUAGCUCAAGAGCUGAGGGUUGGUGAUAUGGUGGAAAGGCAUCUGAUCGAUGGAGACAUCGUCCUCUUCAAUCGACAGCCUUCUCUGCAUAAACUCAGCAUCAUGGCCCAUAUCGCCAGAGUCAAACCACACAGAACAUUUCGAUUUAAUGAGUGUGUGUGCACCCCGUAUAACGCCGACUUUGACGGUGACGAGAUGAAUCUCCAUCUACCUCAGACUGAAGAAGCAAAGGCUGAGGCCCUUGUCCUGAUGGGGACCAAAGCCAAUCUUGUCACUCCAAGAAAUGGGGAACCUUUGAUUGCUGCGAUUCAGGACUUUCUGACAGGUGCUUACCUGUUGACGCUAAAGGACACCUUCUUCGACAGAUCAAAAGCCUGCCAGAUAGUGGCAUCGAUACUUGUUGGCAAAGAUGAAAAAGUCAAGAUUUCUCUCCCUCGCCCAGCUAUAAUGAAGCCAGUUUCUCUAUGGACGGGCAAGCAGAUUUUCAGCGUCAUUUUGAAGCCAAGUGAUCAAUGUCCUGUCAAGGCAAACCUGCGGACCAAGGGGAAACAAUACUGUGGCAAAGGAGAAGAUCUCUGUCACAACGACUCCUUCGUGGUUAUUCACAACAGCGAGCUGAUGUGCGGCAGCAUGGACAAAGGCACCUUGGGAUCAGGCUCCAAGAACAACAUUUUCUACAUCUUGCUGAGAGACUGGGGACAGCUGGAGGCUGCCAACGCCAUGUCCCGCCUGGCAAGACUAGCGCCAGUGUUUCUUUCCAACAGAGGUUUUUCUAUUGGAAUUGGGGAUGUGACCCCUGGCCAGGGUCUGCUGCAGGCCAAACAGGACCUGCUGGAUGACGGCUACCAGAAAUGUGAUGAGUACAUUGAAGCUUUGCAGACAGGCAAGCUGCAGCAGCAGCCAGGCUGCACAGCGGAGGAGACUCUGGAGGCUCUCAUCUUGAAGGAGCUUUCAGUGAUCAGAGACCGAGCUGGAAGCGCCUGCCUCAGGGAGCUCGACAAGAGCAACAGCCCCCUUAUUAUGGCUCUUUGUGGCUCCAAAGGUUCCUUCAUUAAUAUCUCUCAGAUGAUCGCCUGUGUGGGCCAGCAGGCCAUAAGUGGCUCUCGAGUCCCUGAUGGUUUUGAGAACCGCAGUCUGCCUCACUUUGAAAAACACUCAAAGCUGCCUGCCGCCAAAGGCUUUGUGGCCGACAGCUUCUACUCUGGUCUGACGCCCACAGAGUUCUUCUUCCACACAAUGGCGGGUCGCGAAGGCCUGGUAGACACUGCAGUGAAAACCGCUGAGACCGGAUACAUGCAGAGGCGUCUGGUGAAAUCCCUUGAAGAUUUGUGCUCCCAGUACGAUCUGACAGUGCGCAGCUCCACAGGUGACAUCAUCCAGUUUAUUUAUGGCGGCGAUGGCCUGGACCCAGCUGCUAUGGAAGGAAAGGACGAGCCUCUGGAGUUUAAGAGAGUUCUGGACAACAUUCGGGCUGUCCACACGUGUCCAGAUGAGCCUGCGCUCAGUCAGAACGAGCUGGUCCUCACUGCUGAUGUCAUUAUGAAAAGAGCCGAUUUCUCGUGCUGCAGAGACAGCUUCUUGGAGGAAUUAACUGAAACUGGCUCAGAGAAGUACCUGGAGGAAAUCAAGAAAUUCAUCAAAAGUAUAUCAGACAGGAUUAAGAAGACCAGAGAUAAAUACGGCAUCAAUGACAACGGUACUAGUGAGCCAAAAGUUCUUUAUCAGCUGGACCGUAUUACCCCAACUCAGCUUGAGAAGUUUCUUGAAACCUGCAGGGACAAGUACAUGAGAGCCCAGAUGGAGCCGGGCUCAGCCGUCGGGGCCCUCUGUGCUCAGAGCAUCGGAGAGCCCGGCACUCAGAUGACACUGAAAACCUUUCACUUUGCUGGUGUGGCAUCGAUGAAUAUAACCCUGGGGGUGCCGCGCAUCAAAGAAAUCAUCAAUGCCUCCAAGAAUAUCAGCACUCCUAUAAUCACGGCUCAUUUGGAUGUCGAAGAUGAUGCCGACUUCGCCAGGCUGGUGAAGGGGAGAAUUGAGAAAACCCUUCUGGGAGAGAUUUCAGAGUACAUUGAAGAAGUUUUUCUUCCAGAUGACUGUUUCAUCCUGGUAAAAUUGUCUCUGGAGAGGAUAAGACUGCUGCGAUUGGAGGUGAAUGCUGAAACGGUCCGCUACUCCAUCUGCAUGUCUAAACUACGAGUCAAGCCCAGAGAAAUCGCUGUGCACGGCGAGGCGGUGGUGUGUGUGUCUCCACGGGAGAACAGCAAGAGCUCGAUGUACUACGUGCUCCAGUCCUUAAAGGAGGAACUCCCCAAGGUGGUGGUUCAGGGAAUACCUGAGGUCUCCCGAGCUGUCAUCCACAUAGACGAACAGAGCGGCAAGAACAAGUACAAGCUCCUGGUGGAGGGGGACAACAUGAGAGCUGUCAUGGCCACACACGGAGUGAAUGGAAGUAGGACCACUUCAAACAAUACGUAUGAGGUUGAGAAGACUUUGGGAAUUGAAGCAGCUAGAUCCACCAUCAUCAAUGAGAUUCAGUACACCAUGGUGAACCAUGGAAUGAGCAUUGACCGGCGUCACGUCAUGCUCCUAGCAGAUCUCAUGUCAUAUAAGGGGGAGAUUCUGGGAAUCACCAGGUUCGGUUUAGCCAAAAUGAAGGAGAGUGUCCUCAUGCUGGCUUCUUUUGAGAAAACAGCUGACCACCUCUUCGACGCUGCCUACUUUGGACAGAAAGACUCCGUCUGCGGUGUUUCUGAGUGUAUCAUUAUGGGAAUUCCAAUGAAUAUUGGAACAGGACUGUUUAAACUCCUUCAUAAAGCUGACAAAGAUCCCAAUCCUGUCACAAGGCCGCUUCUCUUUGAUAAUGCAGACUUCCAUAUACCUCUGAUCACGUAGCAUCAAGAAAAGAAACCGCAGGGAUGCAGGAGGAUGUUUGUUUUUCUUAGCUUAGUGUCUGUAAACAAAGAAAAAUGCAAAGUGCCUGUUAUGAGUUUAUUUCCUUUCAUGAUGGUCAAACCAAGCAGGAUCUAUCUUCUCCUGAUUUAUUUUUUGUAGCAUGACCCCACAGACAUUAAACAGACGGUUAUGACAAAAUUCAGUUUGCAGUUUAAAAAAAAAAUCUUUUACUGCUCUUCUGGCUUUAGAAAUAUUUCUUUAACAAUUUUUCUUGUCAUGUUAGGAUAUAACACAGGCCUAUAUUCCUACAGUUUAAUGGGCCAGAACACUUAAUGAGUAGAAUCACAGCCCAGAUGUAAACUGGGAUGUACAGAGUUCAAAGGGUUUAGCUCAUUCAUAGAGAAGCUACUGGUUGUAGUUUAAACUCCUUGACUAUUUGCAUUACCACUUUCGAUGGAAUAGGUUUGAUGCAGAAAAAGUAUUCGUUUUCAUACAAGAUUUUAUCUCUGUUUAGUCAACUGAAAUCCGGUAAGAAGUCUCUUCAUGGAAUAAUUUAACAGAUUAUGUAAUAAAGUCAAACAAGA